UUUAUGUAAUUUUGGUUAGGAUAUUUAUUUUGAGUUUCCCAAAAAUCAUACUCCAGCGUUCUCUCUUCUGUAUGCGACUCUGCCUCUCUCCACUUUGCACAUUAACCAGACAUCUCCUGCUUUUUCGAGCCUUAAACAAAACUAAAAUAUCAGAAUUCCAAGGUUAACUUUCAUCACUUCAAGAGUUCAAGAGGAAUGCUUUAUAGGUUUAAUCUAAAUUAGGCAAAUGGCAGAUACAAAGGGAACUUCUUGGAGCUCACAGAUGAUGGAGAAGUUUGCUAAUUGCGAUUCUCUAGAGUUCUUGAAACGCCAAUGCCCUUAUGGUGUUGCCGGGACAGUGGCGAUUGCUGUGAUAAUACCUCUAUUGCUUUCAGUCAUAUUUCUGGGCAAGAAGAAGGGUAAGCAAAGAGGAGUUCCGGUGCAAGUUGGUGGUGAAGCCGGUUUGGCUAUGCGUAAUGGUAAAUUCAAGGAGCUGGUAGAGGUUCCUUGGGAUGGGGCCUCAACUGUGGCUGCUUUGUUUGAGCAAGCAUGUAAGAAACAUGAAAGUCAUCGAUUUCUUGGAACAAGAAAAGUAAUUGAUACGGAAGUAAUUCAAGCUAGUGACGGAAGGAAGUUUGAGAAGGUGCAUCUAGGUGAAUACCAAUGGGAAACAUUUGGACAAGUAUUCAACCGUGCUUCUAAUUUUGCAUCAGGACUUGUUAAGCUAGGUCAUGAUGUCAAUACCCGUGUGGCUAUUUUCUCUGAAACACGGGCUGAGUGGUUUAUUGCAUUGCAGGGAUGCUUGAGACAGAAUGUUACGAUCGUCACAAUCUAUGCUUCUUUAGGCGAGGACGCACUUAUCCAUUCCCUUAACGAGACUCAAGUAUCAACCUUGAUAUGUGAUUCAAAGCAAUUCAAGAAGGCAGCUUCAAUAGUUUCAAAAUUGGAAACACUUAAAAAUAUUAUUUACUUUGAAGAAGAUGGAGCUUCAAGUGAUUCUGGCAAUCGCGAUGGUGUCGGUGACUUGAGAGUAUCAUCUUUUCAUGAAGUUGAGAAACUUGGAAAAGAUAAUCCUACGGAUCCUAGACUACCAAAGAAGAACGAUAUUGCAGUCAUUAUGUAUACGAGUGGCAGCACAGGAUUACCUAAGGGAGUUAUGAUGACUCAUGGAAACAUAGUAGCAACUGCUGCAGCUGUCAUGACUGUGGUGCCUGGUCUUGGACGAGAUGACGUGUACUUGGCAUAUUUGCCUCUAGCUCAUGUUUUGGAAUUGGAAGCUGAGACUGUGAUGUUGGCUUCAGGUGCUGCAAUUGGUUAUGGUUCAACAUUGACAUUGACUGAUACCUCAAACAAAAUAAAGAAAGGAACCAAGGGAGAUGUGUCAGUAUUGCAGCCCACCCUCAUGGCAGCAGUUCCAGCAAUUAUAGAUCGUGUUCGUGAUGGAGUUAUUAAAAAGGUUGAAGAGAAGGGGGGUUUUAUUAAAAAGCUUUUCAAUGUAGCUUAUAAACGUCGAUUAACUGCAGUAGAAGGAAGUUGGUUCGGUGCUUGGGGGCUGGAGAAAUUACUGUGGGAUGUGAUUGUUUUCAAAAAAAUUCAGUCCGUUCUUGGCGGGCGUAUACGUUUUAUGCUGUGUGGUGGAGCCCCGUUAUCUGGAGAGUCACAGCGAUUUAUUAAUAUCUGUAUGGGGGCGCCUGUCGGACAAGGUUAUGGUUUGACAGAGACUUGUGCUGGCGCAGCUUUCUCCGAGUGGGAUGACAUUACUGUUGGACGUGUUGGUCCUCCCCUACCAUGUUGUUACAUUAAGCUUGUUUCAUGGGAAGAAGGUGGGUACAGAACAUCUGACAAACCAAUGCCCAGAGGCGAGAUUCUUAUUGGUGGGCACAGUGUAACAGUUGGUUAUUUUCAAAAUGACGAGAAAACUAAAGAAGUCUACAAGGUUGAUGAAAGAGGAAUGGGGUGGUUUUACACAGGUGAUAUUGGGCAAUAUCACGCAGAUGGAUGCCUUGAAAUUAUUGAUAGAAAGAAAGAUAUCGUAAAGCUUCAACAUGGAGAAUAUAUCUCCCUUGGGAAGGUUGAGGCAGCAUUGAUGUCAAGCAAUUAUGUAGGCAAUAUUAUGGUACAUGCAGAUCCAUUCCAUAGUUAUUGUGUUGCUCUCGUUGUUCCUUCACAUACGGAAUUGGAGAAGUGGGCUGAAGAGUCUGGCAUCCAAUACAAAAGUUUAAGUGAGCUGUGUGAUAAAGCUGAAGCAAUCAAGGAAGUCCAAGCGUCUCUGUCAAAGGUUGGAAAGGAUGCAAGGCUGGGCAAGUUUGAAAUUCCAGCAAAAAUUAAAUUGUUACCAGAUCCAUGGACACCUGAAUCAGGAUUAGUCACAGCUGCCCUUAAGCUGAAGAGGGAGCAAGUUAAAGCCAAGUUCAAGGAUGAGCUCAAUAAAUUAUAUGCAUGAUGCAAAGUCGACAUCUUUGGCUAGGUUAUUCUGGGUGGCAUGUCGUGCAAUAUCUGUGGCUCUGAACGUUUUUGUGCUGCUAUAAGACUGUACAGGCUUUUUAAUUUUCUACACUGUAAGUCUGUAAUUGUCUAAAGUCUAAACUCUUGAACAUUUUUUGUUGAGCCAAAAACGCCUUUUUAAUUUUUUUUUUUCAAAGGGAUAGAAUGGGCUAAGAUACUGCUGAUGCAACAGAAAUUGCCAGUGUUGUUUUUGACUAUCAGCUGAAUUUUAUUUUAUAAUGUGCUCCGCCAUUCCUAGAAUAUUGUCUCACGGAUUAUGUAUCUGGUUAACAUAUUAAUGAAAGCCUUCACAAGCUGAGAUAGGUUUACAGGCUGCAUGCCUGCA